CAUAUGAAUUUUGUUUAAAUAAAAAAGUAGGAAGGUAAAUACAUCGUAAAUAUUGCUUUGAUCUGGUCUGUGAUACAACGCUUAUUGCAUCAAAAUGGUUAUCAAGCACAGUGUUAAGGGCUACGAGGAGUUCACAAAACUCGUGACUGAACUUGAGGGAUGCGGCGAUGUCAUAUAUGUGCUAUUCAGCGGUGGAAAGGAUGAAAAUGGCCAGAGCUGGUGCCCAUAUUGCGUAAAAGCUUUACCGGUUAUUGAGGAUAACAUUGGAAAAGCACCUGAUAAGUCCCAUUUUAUUUAUGUUGAUGUUGGAGAACGUUCUUAUUGGAAGGAUUUGAACUGUCCGUUCCGUAAGGAUCCUUACACUAACUUGGUUUUCCUACCAACAUUCCUCCGUUGGAAAUCGCCUCAACGUUUGGAUGGUGAGCGCUGUUCUAACAAGGACUUGGUUGAAAUGCUGGUCAUUGAUGAGGACUAAGCAAAUAACUAACAGAAAAUUAUUUUGUAUUAACUUUUCAAUGUAAAUAAAAGCAAGUUAUUUUGAAAACAAAAUUA